CCAUUCAUUAAGCACAGAGCGAGCGUUGUGGUGUGUUGUGUGAGAAACAAUAUCAGAAGCUGAUGGCGUCCUCUGUGAUGGCUUCCGUCUCCCUCAAACCGGCACCUUUCACUGUUGAGAAAUCAGCAGUGAGAGGCCUUCCUUCCCUCUCAAGAUCUUCUUCUUCCUUCAAGGUCGUUGCCAGUGGCGGCAAGAAGAUCAAAACCGACAAGCCCUAUGGAAUCAACGGUGGCAUGAACUUGGCAGAUGGUCUUGAUUCGUCCGGCAGGAAAGGAAAGGGGAAGGGUGUGUACCAAUUCGUCGACAAGUACGGUGCUAACGUGGAUGGCUACAGUCCUAUCUACAACACUGAAGACUGGUCUCCAAGCGGCGAUGUCUACGUUGGAGGAACAACAGGGUUGGCCAUAUGGGCAGUGACACUGGCAGGUCUUCUAGCAGGGGGUGCUCUUCUUGUGUACAACACCAGUGCCUUGGCACAAUAGACUUACCAUUAUUCACAAUCAGACCAAUCAUUAUGUGUAUCUUAUAAAUGUUCUGUAUAUCUGCUUCAGGCUUGGAUUCUCAACUUUAUGAAGCCUAGUUUUCCCUUCUCUAUGUAAUUAUCCUUUCCACUC